AUGGCUUGUCGCAGUUGCAGCGCGGGCCUCGGCCGGCUGCCAAAGAGGAUAGCCGUGCCUUUCAGACAGAAUUACCCAAACAGCAAUUCAUUAGCAUCACCAUUGCUAUGCGCCGCGACGACGACGACGACGAUCAUAAUGACAUCAAGUUUCCCAUCCGCCCUGCGAUAUGGGGCAAGAUCCAGUAACAUCCCAAGCCGAGCUAGUCGACGAGCUCUCCACACGACACCGCCCCGGCAAAAGGUCGACCUCAAGCAGAUGUUGAUGGGCCGCGUUGCCCAGAGCCUCGCCACAGGCAAGAGCAGUUACUACAUCUUCAACGCGACCGAGAAGCUAUACAAAGCCUGCGCCGCCCAGGCCGACUACGCCAUCGACCCAGCUGCCCGCAAGGCUGGCAAGCUGCAGACGACGGCCGACGGAGAAGAGAUCGGCGUCAGCAAGGGCGGGCGAUGGCAUGAUGACCUCGCUCUCCUCCCGACCUUCAGCACCUGGGCCCACGUCACCAUGCUGCACAUGUACCUGCUCGUGGUCCGCUUCCGCUGCCUCGAGCCGGCCGCCCAGCAGGCCUGGCAGGCCCAGCUCGUCGACCACUUCUUCGUCCAAGCCGAAGUCAAGAUGGAGGACGUGCACGACCUGACGUCGCGCAUGAUCCGCCAGCGCUACCUCAAGGACCUAUUUGUCCAGUGGCGCGGCCUGAUCCUGGCCUACGACGAGGGCAUCAUCAAAGGAGACGCCGUGCUCGCGUCGGCCGUGUGGCGGAACCUGUUCAAGGCGCGCGAGGACGUGGACGUGAGGGCGCUGGCCGCCGUCGUAGCGUGGAUGCGGGCCGGGCUGAUGGAGUUGGGGGACAUGCCAGAUGAGGUGAUGGAGCUGCAGGCGGCGUCGGCUUUCCCCGCGCUGCGCGACAUGUUCAAGGUUGUGGACCUCCCAACGACGUCGUUGAAGGCCCCAUUUGAACAGGCGGGCAUUCAACCGUGA